AUGAAUCCAAACCAAAAUGAUGAACCAGUUGAUGAACAAAUUCCUGAUGUUCCACCUGGAUUUCAACCUCAAACAAAUCCUGUUCAGAUGCUUGUUAAUCUUCUUCAACAAGGUUUUCAAGCCAACCCUGGGUCAAGUUCUUCAAGUCAAAAUUCCAAACCUUCUAUUGCAUUCAAAUCUUUCAAAGCCCUACAACCCCCAGAAUUCAAAGGAACAGUAAAUCCGGUCGAAGCCAAGAUAUGGCUGACAGAGAUUGAGAAAACUUUUGAGAUAGUUGGAGUAGAGGAAAAUAAGAAAACUAUAUUUGCGACUUUCAUGCUUAAAGGUGAAGCCAAUUAUUGGUGGGAAGCUAAGAAGAAGUUAGAAGGAUCUAACGUGAUACCAUGGGCUAGGUUUACAGAGCUAUUCCUAGAAAAAUACUUCCCUAAGCACUUAGAAAAUCAGAUGGAGAUUAAGUUUCUCGAGCUUAAGCAAGGUAAUAUGUCUGUGGCUGAAUACGAAGCCAAAUUCACUGAACUUUCAAGGUUUGCGCCGUAUCAAGUUGAUACAGAUGAGAAGAAAGCAAGACGUUUCCAGCAAGGUUUGAAGCCUUGGAUUCAAAGCAGAGUUGCUGUUUUCGAAAUUACAAGUUAUGCAACCUUAGUACACAAAGCGUGUAUUGUUGAGACAAGUGGAGAAUUGGCUGCCAAGGAAAGGAAUGAAAAGAAGAGAAAAGCCCCACACACUUACCCAAAGUUUGAGAAGAAACCUUGGAACUUCAAUAAUAAGAAACCUUUUGUGAAAAAGGAAACACCACCAGUGGAAAAUAAUCAGAAGCCUAGAUCUUCGCAAACUGCAAAUGUGUUACAAGGAAGAACCCCAUUUCCUGAGUGUAAAACUUGUGGAAAGAAACACCCACCCCCAUGCCAUCAGGAAUCUAAAACCUGCUAUAGUUGUGGGAAGAAAGGUCACUACGCGUCAAGCUGCAAGGAGAAGGCGAUCAUAUGUUUCAGUUGUGGAAAGAAAGGGCAUAUGGCAAGGGAUUGUCCACAAUCCUAG